CAAGGCGGGCACAGCAUGGAGCCCUUGAACAAGAUGGAGUUCUUCCAGAAGCUGGGCUAUGACCAGGAGGACGUGCUCAGGGUGCUGGGCGCGCUGGGCGAGGGCGCCCUGGUCAACGACGUGCUGCGGGAGCUGAUCCGGUCGGGCAGCCGGCCCGUGGCCCAGGAGCGGCCCGCGGGGCCCCUGCUCGUCCCUCGGGGUUCCUGCGCGGCCCCGGGCAGGCCAGGGGCCGGCCCCGACGAGGACUGCGACGGCCAGGCCGGGGCCCUGAGACCCAUCGUCAUCGACGGCAGCAACGUGGCCAUGAGUCAUGGAAACAAAGAAGCCUUCUCCUGCCGGGGCAUCCAGCUGGCUGUGGACUGGUUCCGGGGCAGAGGACACACCUCCAUCAAGGUUUUUGUUCCAUCCUGGAGGAAAGAGCCAUCCAGAUCUGACGCCCCCAUCAGAGAGCCCCACGUGCUGGAGGAGCUGGAGCGGCAGGCCGUGCUGGUGUACACGCCGUCCCGCAGGGUGAGCGGCAAGCGCGUGGUCUGCUACGACGACCGCUACAUCGUGAAGGUGGCCUUCGAGCAGGACGGCGUCAUCGUCUCCAAUGACAACUACCGGGACCUGCAGAGCGAGAACCCGGAGUGGAAGUGGUUCAUCGAACAGAGGCUGCUCAUGUUCUCCUUCGUCAACGACAGGUUCAUGCCUCCUGACGACCCCCUCGGCCGCCGAGGACCCACCCUGAGCAACUUUCUGAGCCGGAAGCCCAAGCCCCCUGCCCCGUCCUGGCAGCACUGUCCCUACGGCAAGAAAUGCACGUACGGCAUCAAGUGCAAGUUCUACCACCCCGAGAGGCCGCACCGUGGGCGGCUGGCCGUGGCUGACGAGCUCCGAGCCCAAACCCGGGCCGCACCGGGCUCAGGCUGCGUGGCGGCCGGCAGCUCCCCUGGCGCGGGCAGCCGCAGCCUCCUUCCCGGGCGGCCGGUCCCCGACAUAGCGGCGAUAGAAGGCCGCUUCUCGCGGGUGGCGGUGGGCGACGCCCCGGGGCUGCUUGGGGCGAGCUGCCCUGGGCCCAGUGGUGGCCUCGCACCUGGCCAGCGCUGCCCGUCCCCGCGGGCAGGACCUCCGCGUCCCGGGGCGACAGGGCCCGCCCUGCCCAGCCUCGCGAGCCCCUUCACCCCCGGCGACCACCCACAGCUGCUCGGCCCGCAGGGUGGCCGCUGCCCCCGGGACCUUCCCCGCGAGUCCCCGGAGGAGGCCUGGAUCCGCUUCCCCGGACGCUUGGCCUGGGCAGAGCCCGCCUGGGGCGACUGCACCUUUGGGGGUCCUCCAGCGUGUGCGCCCCCCGCAGUAGAUGGGGUGCUAGACGCUUGGCCGGUGGCGCGCAACGCGCUUGGUCGCUUCUUCCCGCUCGAGCAGGUGGACCGCGGGGUGGCCAGGUUUCCAGAGCAGUCGGACAGGGCCCUUCCCAUCCCGAGAGUCCAGCCGGCUGUGCCGCUGGGAGACCCCAAGGGGACUCGUCCUGGUGACUGCCAGUAG